UUCAAAAAGGAAAAUUUUGCCACCAUUAACACAACAAAGCAGCUUAUCGUUGAUAGAUCUCUCUCUCUCUCUGUCUCGCUCUCUAGCUCUAGACACUCUCUCUUUCUUGCUCCGAGGAAAAGGGCACUGUCCGAACAAAGGGUUUGAUUUGGCGAGCAGGUUUAAAGUACGAUGGUUUCGGCGAUAAUUUGUGUUGAGGCCUAGGCGCCCACUCCAGUUGCGGCUGUUUCUCUGCUACUUUUUCAGUAAAUGGGCUGCUUCCAUUCUACACAAAGAAGACAAUUUCCUGGUUACGAGGACCCCGUGACUCUUGCCUCGCAGACAGCUUUCAGUGUCAGUGAAGUUGAAGCACUAUUUGAGCUAUACAAGAGCAUCAGCGGCUCUCUAGUUGAUGAUGGGUUGAUAAAUAAGGAAGAGUUUCAGUUGGCUUUAUUCAAGAACAGGAAGAAAGAGAAUCUCUUUGCCAAUCGGAUCUUUGAUCUUUUUGAUGUUAAGCAUAAGGGAUCCAUUGACUUUGGUGACUUUGUUAGAUCCCUUAAUGUCUUCCAUCCUAAUGCUCCUCAAGAAGAUAAGAUUGAUUUCUGCUUCAAGCUAUAUGAUUUGCAUGGUACUGGAUUUAUCGAACGUCAAGAGGUUAAGCAAAUGUUGAUUGCUCUUCUAUGUGAAUCAGACAUGAAAUUGGCUGAUGACACGAUUGAGAUAAUACUCGAUAAGACUUUCUUGGAAGCUGAUGUGGACGAGGAUGGGAAAAUCGACAAGUCCGAAUGGCAGAACUUUGUUUCCAAGAACCCAUCGUUGUUAAAAAUCAUGACCCUCCCUUAUUUGCGGGACAUAACAACUACUUUUCCUAGUUUCGUGUUCAACUCUGAAGUCGACGAGAUUGCUACAUAGAUUUAGUACUAGAGAUGCCUUCAUUUAUAAAAUAUGGAGAUAAACAGUGUUUCGGGGUCAACACCUUUCUUUUUCCUUUUCCCUGUAUCGAUUUGCUGAUGGCGAGAGGAUUAUCUCUUGGAGGUGUUCAGCAAUUGUAAAGCUUCAUUGAUCGGUUUGGCAAUUUGUAGUCAUUGUUCUUA